AUGCCAGUCGAACGACCCUUUGGGGGCGACUUUCUAUUUGUCAACCACAAUGCAGAACAGAUGAAAGCCUUGCCCAAUAGACGGAAAGUCUUCUCCCAUGUUCAGAACCAAUAUCGCAGCUGGAAGCGGCAAGAAGAGAUCCGAGCUCUAAGGGCUUCCAUAAAGGCUCCCUUACCUGACGCCCAGCCGUCCGUGAUUCCCAAGGGGUCUGCGCCGGUGCUCAAUGAUACUUGGCCGUCAUCAAACGUCAAGCAUGCCAGGCGUGUGCAAGGUCCAGGAACGGCGGGCUCUGAUGCCGCGAGCCGGCAACGGGCGUCCACGAAGAUCGCGAUCCGCUCGCUGAUUCACAAUAAGGAGGAUCCAGAACGACCAGACCACAUAGCACCAUUUCAACCACAAUCAGUGAUGACAAUUCUAGGCAAAGGCAACUCGGACCCGUUUGGAGCCUACGCGGUCGAGAUCACCCCGGCCACCAACGACAUGCUGAGCUUCCACCGCGACUUUGUCAUCCCAGCCCUCUACCACACCACCAAGCACAGGUGGAUGACGAGCGCCAGCGCAUGGCGGGACUGGCGAGACUGCAUCGACGGGCUGGGAGACGGGGUCGACGGCCUUGGAGACGAAGGUGCCGGGUCCGGGUUCAUCGCCAGCUGCGCCGCAGAGGCUGCAGUGAUAUCGCUGAACCCGUCCGUCCAGAAGCAAGCCGUCUACUAUCGGGCCAAAAGCAUGGCCGUGCUGCGGAAACGCCUCACCGCCGGCAGCAAGUUCCACCGCGGCCAGCUCUACUGGCACAUCCAUCUUCUCGUGGCGGCCGACGUCCUGAUGGGCGAGCUCAUCGGCACAGCCGCGCACCUCAACAUGCUGCGGUGUUACUUCGACCACGAUGAUGAAAACAAGCUGGGCACCGACUUGCUGUUGUACGUCAUCUACUACGACAUCCACCGCUCCUCAAUGUUCCUUUGCAAGCCCAUAUUCGACGUGGACAAGUGGCUCCCCGAACGGUUGCAGCCGGUGGUUGACGCGGCGAAACCUUACCUCCCAGACCUGUCGGAAGUGAGGGACCGAUUUCUCGACCCGUCAAUCGACGAUGCCAGACUACGAACGCUGUUCAUCGAGCGAAGAGAGAGCCUCGCCGUCUGGCUGUUCCACCAAAAGGGCUCCUCCGAGGAAGAGUCCGGGGGACACACGACCGCGCUGAUGGGCUGGUUACUCGUCCGGGUAUACCUGCACCAGGGGCGGCUUGUGAAUCUGUUCCUACAAGCAAACGCACAGUACUAUGAAACCAUUUCAUCGCCGUCAUCACGCCUCAUGAACUCGAUCCUGUGCCAGGGCUACCUCUCCCUCGCGACGCUGCUGUACAUCCGCGCCAUCUCGUUCAACGCGGCCGUGUGCGGAGUGCGCCUCUUUGACGCCACAGCCACCAUCCUCUCGAACAUGCAGAAGAUGCUCCAGCUCAGCGAGAGACCCGACUCACCGAACUACGAGAGGUACGAGCAUGCCCGUCUCUGGGCGUUGUAUGUGGGCGCCAGCGCGGAAUGGUUCAUGGACAUGAAGCCCGAGGAACUCGAGAGAGGUUGGUUCACCACGCAUUUCGCCGCCAAGGCCAUCAAGCUGGGUGUGGUCGGGUGGGAUGAGGUGAGAAGCGUGCUGAGGGGUUUCCUGUUCACGGAUAUAAUGCAUCCGGAUGGGGAGGAGUGGUUUGCGAGGGUGCUGAGCACGGCGAGGAAGAAAGCCGAGCUGGAUAAACAGCCCAAGACUGAUGCCAAGGUCUGA